AUGCAGCGCCUGACGCGCGGCAAGGACGUGGCGUCGCUGGCGCAAGGCAUCGUCCACUGGCUGCCGCCGCCGGCGUCGCUGGAGGCGGCGAAGGCGGCCCUCGACGACCCGGCGACGCACGGCUACGGCGACGACGAGGGGUACCCGGCGCUCGUCGCCGCGCUCGGGAGGAAGUUAGAGGUAAAGAACGCGCUCGCGAACUCGGACGUCAUGGUCACGUCCGGCUGCAACCAGGCCUUCGCGAACGUCUGCCUGGCGCUGCUCGACGCCGGCGACGCGGCGCUGCUCUUCCGGCCCUACUACUUCAACCACCUCAUGCAGCUGCAGAUGUUGGGAGUGGAAGCGCUGCUCCCGGCGAUGACCGACGAGCUCCUCCCCGACGUCGCGGCUCUGACGGCGGCCCUCGACGGCGCCAAGCCUCCCAAGGUCGUCGUGCUGGUGAACCCGGGCAACCCCACGGGCACGAUGAUCCCGAAGGCGCUCCUCGACGAGGUCGCGGGCCUCUGCGCGGCGCGCGGCGCUUGGCUCGUCGUCGACAACACGUACGAGCUCUUCGCCUACGGCGAGCCCCACGCCUGCGUCGAGGGCGACCACGUGGUCAACCUCUUCUCCUUCUCCAAGGCCUACGGCAUGAUGGGCUGGCGCGUGGGCUACGUCGCGCACCCGCCCGCGCUCGGGCCCGCCUUGCUCAAGGCGCAGGACACGGUCGCCAUCUGCGCGUCCCAGGCGAGCCAGCGCGUCGCGCUGGCGGCGCUGGAGGGCGGCGACGCCUACGUCGCGGACCGCGUCGCGGGCCUCGUCGCGCACCAGAAGCGGGAUAUACUGGAAGCGCUCGCGCCGCUCGGCGAAAACGCGGUCCGCGGCGGCGACGGCGCCAUCUACCUCCUCGUCGCGCUGCCGCGCCACUGCGCCGACGACGAGAAGGUCGUCGAGUGGCUCGUGGACGCCCACGGCGUCGCCGCGAUCCCGGGCGCCGCCUGCGGCCUCCCGGGCCACGUCCGCGUCUGCUACGCGAACCUCGAGCCCGCCGCCUACGCCAGGGCCUGCGCGCGCCUCCGCGCCGCGUGCGAGCGGCUCGCGGACCCCGCCUUUACGUUAUCUUAG